AUGGCGCUGGGGUUGCGGCGGAUAGAGAGUGACGUGAAGGACAGAGAACUCUCCGACUCUGGUAUGCCUGGUGCCGACUCUCCCAGGGAUCCGCAGCAGAAAUCACAUGAUGGCAAUAAUUCAGCCAGACAUUUCUAGAGCAGCAUUUCAUCCUGUGCACCAAGCAUUCCUUAUCGAGCAACCAAAAGCAUGGAUUCAAGUGGUGAGGGCUUUUCUGAAUCUGAUGACGAAAGCUGUUUGUGGAAACCAAAACGACAGAAAUGUUUCAACCUUCUCCCUGCUAAAUAUGAGCUUUUUCAGCUUAGCCAGAGCCACCAAAAACAAACUGUUCUAGGCAGUAAGAAGGUCAACAACACUUGGGGUGUGGUGCUCCAGGAGCAGAAUUGGGGUGCAGUGGCUACUGACCUUGGGAUUCUAGGAAUGGAUGGUAGUGUUGACAGAAGCAGGCAGCCUGAGACUUACAAUUAUUUAUUGGCUAAAAAGCUGAUGAAAGAAGCUCAGCAAAAGGAGGCAGAGACUUUAGAUAAAGAGCUGGAUGAAUACAUGUGUGAUGACAAGAAAACACUGCCAACAGAAGAAGAAAAUAGAGAAUGUUUUCUGAAAUGGAAACAGCCUGUAAAAGAUAGACUGGGUGAAAGACAAGAAAUGAACCAUAAAGGAAGGUAUGAGAUAACAGAAGAAGAUUCUGAGGAGAAAGUGACGGAUGAAAUUGCUUAUAGGCUUUGUGAGCCAAAGAAAGAUUUAAUUGUCCAAGUAGUGAAAAAAAUUGGAAAGAGGAAAGCUAUUGAACUGCUUGUGGAAACAGCUGAAGUGGAACAAAAUGGUGUGGACUGUUCAUAG